AUGAUUUGUCGAAAGAUUUUAGCAUCACACCGUUUCUUUCAAUAUCGAUUUGUGAUUUCUAGAAGGAAAAGAAACAAUGCAGCCUCCAUUCUUCUCUUGUCGCCUCCUCUGGCGAUUCCCUAUUCCUUGUGCAUCGAUUGCUUGCUGCCGACAUCCAUCGUCGGAUACAGUCGCACCCACAACACCGGCGACCGUCACACAUCACAGAUGCGAUUCAAGUACGAUUUUCUUCAUCUUUUCUUGCUUUCAGGUACUACAACUGGAUCAAUAAACAAACCAAAUCAUUUAUCAUCAGGUUUAGUGGUUUCACUUCAUAAAUUCUGGGUAUUUUUGUUACCGGACCGGACCAAGACAUUGUCAGUGAAGGGAUCACUUUUAAAGAUUUGUAGAGCUUUCAAGAAACAGGGCACAACUAUAAUUUGGUUUCAAGAAAAGCCCAACAAGCAGCUUGGAGGAGGUCUGAAGGUUGAGAAGUUGCCGAAGGCAGAUAAUCUGAAAAAAUUAUAUCCCAUUCUUUGGGGACUUGACUACAUUAAAAGCUCGGAUGUGGUCAACUUUGUUACAAACCAACUUCGGGAACAUGGAGAUGUGCAGGCUGCAUCUGAACCUCUAGCUCAAAUGGCCUUGCUAUGUAAUGAAUUUCGUACAUAUUUUCACCUUUUGAUCACGAGUUUCUCGACACAAAGAACGUGAUUGAUUACAUUGGAGAAGAUGGGCCAUUAGUGGUUUUAGAUCCUUUAAAACAUCAUAAAGAUGAAAAAAAGUUGUUUCAAUUCAACCGUGUUUUUUGGUCCAACUGGUACUCAAGGUAAUAAUAAAAUUCAAACAUUUUUCCACAAGUCUAGAACCUUCUGUUGACUAAUGUUUUGACUUUUAUAAGAGGAGGUUUUUGCUGACAAGAGAAAAAAAACGAACACUUGGCGCGCAUGAUUCCCCUCUAGUUAGUAGUAACCAUAAAAAAAGUUUCAUGUAAAAGCACCUUUAGACCCGAUCUACAUACCUUUCAUUCUUUAUUUUUUAUGUGUCACGUUAACUUUCCUCUCACUCUCAUUUCACUAUUCAAAACAUAAGAAAUGGUCACCUUUCACUUCCUUUUAUUUUUUUAUUUUAAAAAAAUAUAUAUUUAUAAUACAAAUAUUAUACUAUUUUUGUAGGGAAUUAAAAACCAUAAAUUUUAAUAUAUUUUUUUUAUAAUUUUUUAGUAUAUAUAUAUAAUUAAAUAAAAAUUGAAAAAAAAAAGAAAUGAAAAUUAUCUUUAAAUGGUUUCAACCAAUCAAGAGAGGAGAGAGAGUGUGAUGAGGAGAAACUGCAGGGGGCUAUCCCGCACCCAUGGUGUGGUGUUCCUGGGUGCGGUUCUGACCACCACUCACCUAAACUGCGGUGUUGUUUGCUUUUUUAAGAGGUAAAAGGAUUGCAUUCUGCGGACCUCGUCUGCACAAGAAGAGGUGGACUAAUCGUCUGCAGUCUACAAGAAGAUUGUUUGCUUUUUAAUGUUUGCAGACUGUUAAAAUAAUCUGAAAUAUAAAUAAACUGAUUUUUUAAACUUAAAAAA